CGGUGAUGGCUGGCAGAUUCAAUUUUGUCUUUACAACAUGACUGGUCUUUUUUUGUAAAAGGGCUCCGCUUUACGCAACAACUGGCCCCUGCGAAGGAUUGCAUCUUUGAGCCGGUAUACAGAUACACGAGGCGCCAGUUCUAACGUUAAAGUGGCGGUAAUGAACGUACUGAGCUUUCACGCGCUUGAUAGCGACGUGCGGCCGGAAGCAGUGCGCAGUUUGCAGGUGGGAUCCUGCCCGCACUGCACCGGCCCCUUCUCCACGGUGUACCGGGCACACUGCGACAGCCGACAACAGGAUAUGGCGCUGAAAAUCCUUCCCUGCGCGAUCGCGACAGCCCCACUUCCUCCAGACAAACCGGCACCCAGAGGGACCGCGGAGGAGCCCCGUCCCGCGACAGACCUGGAUCCUCCAGGGCGGCCAUCCCGGGACGCGGCGGCUGCGGCAGCAAUGGCAUCAUUCUCUGCCGCCAGUGAUGUCCCAACGGGCAUCGACGACUCCGACAGGGAUAUGCGCGCGGCCGUGUCACCAGCGGCCAGGCGGAGGUCCGACUGCCGGCGGAAGCCCGACUGGCGGAACGAGUUAUCGGUGUACGAGUUGCUGGCCGCCAACUGUGGGGACGAAAAGCGUGCACUGCCGACCAACAUCCGCCCCUUGCUGGCCUACUGGUGGCAGGCCAGCCCCGGCAGCAGCGGUCCAGUCUGCCUGCACAUGCUCUUCCCCUGGCUGCCGGCGUCCCUCGCCGACAUUCUCCGCUGCCGGAAGCAGGGCGACGCUUCGCCGGCACGACGCCCCGGAUAUUAUGCUGACAACACUAGGCGCGCCUCUUCCACGCCUGAACUCCUCCCCGUGGCCCAACAGGAGGCCCUCCGUACCGUGGCGGGAAGGUGGCGCUGCGUAGAAAUGCUCAUGGGGGGGCUGGCCUAUCUGCAUCAAUUGCACAUCGUGCACCGCGACAUCAAACCGGACAACCUGCUCAUCAACGCGGACGGAGUACUGCAAAUUGCCGACUUCGGUUUGGCGCGGGCACUGCCGGCGGCGGAGCUCUCCAGUUCCGCCGGGACACGCCAGUACCGCGCACCGGAAAUGCUCUUCGGCAGCUGCAGCUACGACUGCCAAGUGGACAUGUGGGCCGCCGGCUGCGUGACCUUUGAAGUCUUCACCGCCGGCCGGCUGCUAUUCGACUGCCAACUGGACUCGGACAUUGCGCAGCUGGCGCUGAUCAUCAGCGUGUUAGGUGACCCGCUGAGCAGUGGGCGCGGUUGGCCGGAGAUGACGCGGCUCCCCGACUACGGGAAGGUGGCCUUUCCGCAGCGGAAGCCAGCGCAGACCAUCGCCGCCCGAUUUCGUGCCGCCACUGCGCCCCCCGGCGAAACGCCUGGAAGGACUCACAUCCGGUCGACCGGGCCGGAAAAGGUGGUGGUACUGCUGGAACAGCUGCUUGUGUACAAUCCACAGCACCGACUGUCGGCCCGUGCUGCCCUUGACUGGAUGAAGGAGAGCGACAGGGUAGCCGUUCCCUAAAGGUCAUCAACCGCGUUGCACAUCGCUACAGUCCCGUCUCGCUUGCAGCAUAGAAAAUAUUCCGCCUAUUUACAUAAUAUAUUAGCUGCGGCGUCCAUGUUAAAUAUGCCGGCAACCUUUCACCGCCUCGGAAAAGGCAAUAAAGUGUCAAGAGUUUGA